CUACACGAUCAUCAUGGCUCGGUCCAGGGCUCUCACAUCUGCUCCCUCCCCUCGGAGCUGCUCAGCAUGGUGUUUAUCUACUAUCGAGGCAAUCGACACCUCGAUCCGGUGGCCAGCGAUCCGAUAUGGACGCUCCUUCAUGUGUGCCAGCGCUGGCGCGAUGUAGCGCAGGAUCAGUCAUCUCUCUGGUGCAGGAUCGAGGCGAACGCAUUGAGCAAUACCGUGCUAAAAGGCCAUCCUGAAGAAUCUCGCAUAGCGCUGACCUGCACGGUGCUCGGACGCUACUUAGCCAACUCUCACAACCAUCCGCUAGACAUAUGUAUUGGAGAUUUCCAAGAAGUCUGCUGGCGUCCGGUCAUAGAGCUGAUCUGGGAUCACCACCCCCGCUGGAGGCAUGUCGAUGUUGCUUUCAGCGGAAUCGAGCUGUUGGCAGAGGUUGCUAGGGCCUCACUGCCAUUGGGGGUAUCCCAGGUACCGAUGCCGCUCUUCAAGUGCCUUCGCAUCGAGUCCUUUGUCGUCGACCUACCAUGUCUGGCGCCUGUUCUGAGCGCGUCAGGUCUCCGUCAUCUUGAGCUCGACACAUCCGUAACGGGAGCGCUGGCGCAUGUCCUGCCGUGGUCGCAAAUAACCCGCUAUCGAGGUGCAGCGUAUGCCGAUGGGGGUCAAUUCCUCCUGUCUUACAUGCCCAACCUUGAAAUCUGUGAGGUCCUGGCGGACCAGCACCCUGGAGACAAUCUUCGGACGAGUAGCCAACUUGAAUCACCCGUCUGUCCGAUGUCCCGCCUACGAGUCUUGUCACUUGAAGGCUUGGCGGGCUUAUGUCUGCGGAGCAUUGAGGCGCCUUCGCUCGAGAAGCUGCGCAUCAACGUUUACGACCAUAGUCACCUCCUCGCCUACGUGAAGCGCUCCGGGCUCGCGACGCUCUCGACGCUCAGUACGGAGUGCGGUGUAGAUGGGAUGGGGGACCACCGUCUGCGUGAGAUCCUUCUCUCAUGCCCGGCGCUGCGCGUCCUCGCGCUUCAUUGCGAAGGGGCCCCUCCGACGGAUAUAUUUGCACUCCUCGCAGAAGACGCCUCGAAAAUCCUCCCGCGGCUCGCUGUGCUCCAUAUCGUCCCGUGGCCCUAUACAGUCCAAUGCAAUCCAGGCCAGGUCGAGACUGAAGCCUAUUUCCGGCGCUUACUGCACGUUGCUAAGUGCCUCCUGGCCCAGGAAGAUCGCUCCUUGCGCUCCGUCGAGAUGUCUGUAAUAACGCAGCAUUCUUCUGUGCCAGAUGUGGUCAGGCGCGUCGCGAAGGACGUGCUGGGGGAUCAUGUCUAUGUGCUGACCUUGUCCGGAUGGAGGGGUCGGCACUCCGUCAAGAAGCACUUUCAGGAGUUUCCCUCGGAUUGAUUAUAUCAAUAGCCGCAAUACGGGGCGAUUCACUGAGAUCCAAUACGCGCUAGUUCCUGCCAUUGACGCAGAGAAGCGACGGACGCGCAGGCAUUUUGGCAAGGGCUGUAGCCGCUGUAUCCGAUCUAGCAAAGCAAUCUGUCUCGCGAUCGAAUAGUCCUUUUUCACGACAUGCUGUACUAUGGGGUUUACCUCGAAUUCAACGAAGGUGUCGCUGCAAUCACGAAUAUAUUGUAUAUAUCUCGGACUUAGCUCUGAAUAUCGACCGUACUUCAUUGAGCCCUGUUC